AUGGAGGGCGUGGGGAGGGUGGGAAAGAAUCCCCAAGCCUCCCCCCCCCCAACCCCAACGGCGCUUCCCUCUCUCCCUCUCUCUUCCAGGUCCGACGGCACUCAGAGGCGCACCCUACAGGUGGACUACAUCCCCUACAUGGACGGCUUGGCCGAGGAGAUCGGGGCGAGGCUGGAUGUCAAGCGUCUCUUCCUCGCCGACCCCCGCCUGGCGUUCCAGGUCUUCUUCGGCCCCUGCUCCCCCUACCAGUUCCGCCUGACCGGCCCCGGCAAGUGGGAGGGGGCGCGCGACGCCAUCUUGAGCCAGUGGGACCGCGCCCUGAACCCCAUCCGCACCCGCAUGCUGUCAGGAGGCUGGCUGGCCUCGGACCUGGUGUCCUUGCCCAACCUGCUGUGGGUAAUGGCCGUCGCCGCCGUCCUCUGGGUGGUCCUCCUCCUGCUGUGAGGCCGGGCAAUUCGGCCGGGGGAGUGGGGGGGGCGGGGGGGGCAUCGCGCGUCGACUCA